AAGGAAGAAAAACCAUCCCAAACUUCCCAACCCUGAAAACCAAACCUGCAAGCUUUGUGUUUCUAGUUGAAUCCAGCCACAUGUGUUAUCCUCCCUAAAUGCCCCAAACCCCUCAAAGCUGCAAGCUUUGGGUUCCCAGUUGCCCCCAACCACAUGUGUUAUCCUCCCUAAAUGCCCCAAACCCCUCAAAGCUGCAAGCUUUGGGUUCCCAGUUGCCCCCAACCACAUGUGUUAUCCUCCCUAAAUGCCCCAAACCCCUGAGAGCUGCAAGCUUUGGGUUCCUAGUUGAACACAGUCACACAUAUUAUCCUCCCAAAAUACCCCAAACACCAAAACCCCAACCCCACAAAGCCACAAGCUUUGGGUUCCCAGUUGAACCAAUCCCAGAUAGUAUCUUCCCAAAAUACCUCAAACUCAAAAACCCAAACAUCCCAAAGCCACAAGCUUUGGCUUCCCAGUUGAACCUGAUCACACGUAUUAUCUUCCCAUGGCAGCAAUACUACCAACACUCACCAAACUGUUCCCACAUCAUUCCCACAACACCCCCAAACCCAGGGCUAUUUGGGCAGAUGCUGCCUAAACUUCUUACCCUUUUGGGUUCCCUGCUCCGGACUCAGUGUGGCAUUUUGGGGGCUGUGUCCCCAGAAGGAGCCAUGUCCCUCGUUCCCAUCAUCCGCCUGUCCCUCUGGGCUGGCAUCUGGCUGCUUUGUGGGGACAACUGGCCUUUAUAAUGUCCCCACGGGGAGGUGGCACCUUGGAGUAGUGAUGCUCCCAUUGGCCCACGUCAUCUCAACACGGUGAUGAGCCCCCAUCUUAUCCCAUUAGUAUGGAGCCCCGUGCUCCAGCUGCAGCCUCAGCCCGCUCCACAUGACCCCACUAAGUGGCAGACCAGACGCAGGGCAGAGGGGAUGGCAGAGGUGACAGCUCCAUGGCACUGGACUCUGCAUUCCCCAAUUAAGCAGGCACUGGGAAGGACCAGGGUCACGGUCUCCAUAGACGUAAGCCGUUGUCCAGAGCGAGUGGAUUUAUUCAAGUCAGGAAGCCCUUAAUUGCAGUAACAAAGGCAGGGAGAUCCAGGCCUUGGAGGCUGGCUGUACUCAUGCCACAUGUGUGACUCCAGGGCAGAAGUUACAGGAGAUUUGGGUUUUCAAGCAUUUGGCAAAGAGGUUGGGUAGUUUUGAGAAGGUGGGAUGGUCUUGGGAAUGCUCAGUGAUGUCACCACGCUCCCAGAUGGGACAUGCAUGCUGCUGAGCACCCCUAACACCAGGUAGAGAUGGGCAUGAGUGAGCAGGCACCACAUAUCACAACCCAAAGCUCUCCAGCUUUGGUUUUCCUCCCAUCAGAAGAGAUUCAAAUCCCAGCCAGCACAGUUUCACUUUAGCUCACCCCAUUCACCCUGCUACCAGGAGGACACAUCACCAAACUCCAACCCUACCCAACCUAUAGGGUUUGGCCAAGCAGGACAAGAAGUCACAAAACCACAGCCUGGCCAUCCAAGGCGGUUUCAUCCCAAAAAAGCACCUGCAGCCCCUAUGCAUCCCCCUACAGCGGUCAAAGCGAGCACUAAGAAAAUCCGCACCACAGCACUGACCUCACGUCCUCGACCUCCAGUUAUUAGCCGAGCCCUUUGGUGUGGAAAGCAACGCCUUGUGUUUUGAAAAGGAAAUCAAUGACGAUGGUGCUGGCGUGUAUAAUUAGCAGAGAGCCCUAUAAAUACUGCUGCUGGCCGGGACGGGACCCAGAAGCAUCCUGAUCCUGCAGCCAUGUCCUACAAGGCGCUCACCGUCUGCCUGCUGGGGCUCCUGGCUCUCUCCUCAGCUUGUUACAUCCAGAACUGCCCCAUCGGGGGCAAGCGUGCCCUGCCAGACAUGGACAUCAGGAAGUGCCUGCCCUGCGGCCCCAGGAACAAAGGCCACUGCUUUGGCCCCAACAUCUGCUGUGGGGAGGAGCUGGGCUGCUACCUGGGCACCUCUGAAACCCUGCGGUGCCAGGAGGAGAACUUCCUGCCAACGCCCUGUGAGUCUGGAAGGAAAGCCUGCGGUGAGGAUGGGGCGAGCUGUGCAGCACCAGGAAUCUGCUGCAGCAGUGGUGAGCAACGUGGGCAGACCAGGGGGGCCUCACAUCCACCCCAGGGCUAUGAUACAGAACAGGGAGGGGGGGGGGAUGUUACUGAGGAGGGACAUGUUGCUACUGCAGGGCACCAAGCUAAUACCAAGUUGUUUGAUGUUAUUAAAACCAGCACAGGGAGGGGGCUCUGAGGGCUGCUUUGUGCUGAUUUCCUCUUCUCUUCCUGAGCAGAGGGCUGCGUGCUUGACUCAUCUUGCAACCAAGAAAUGCUGUUUGCAUAGAGGGAAAAACCAGCAGGAUCUGCUGUCCCAUGGGCUGCACCAGCGCAGCACCCAGCACCAUGACUCAGAUUGAAGUGAUGCUCUUAAUUAGAAAUAAAACUUGGAGAGAAUUAAAAAAAAAAGUGUGUUUUUCUCCAUCCUUGCCUGGUUUAGCUCUAGGAUCCUAAUGAGACACGUAAAGCGGUGCUGUUCAGAAGUUCUCUGUGGUUUUCUUAUUUUGUUGUGCUAAAAACCAUCCUAGAAUGGCUUAGGUUGGAGGAGACCUUAAAGUCCAUCUAGUUCCACUGGGUGGGCAGGCUGCACUCACCAGCUCAGGCUGCCCUGGGCCUCAUGCAACCCAGCUCAGAGCACCUCCACUGAUGGGGCACCCACAGCUCUCUGGGAAGCAUUACAGGACCUCACCACCCUCUGAAUAAAGAAUUUCCU